UGGAAAGAAGGUUUAGCCGUUAAUAAGCUUCCUGUCGAUCUUGACAUGCGAAAUGUGAAUUUCGAGAAGACCCACACGCACAUUUAGGCCGAAUUUCUUAUUCAAAAAGCUAUUUCUAUGGCAAAAUACCUUAUACAGAUAGUUACUGCUGGGGCCCAAGUUGUUGGAAGGGCUUUUGUCAGAGCUGUGCGAGAGGAACAUCAAGCUUACAAACAUGCUGCCAGUCGACAUGGAGGACAAUCAGGUUCUUCACAAUCUAAACAAGAAGCUAGAAAGGCUGCUAUUAAUGACACAUUUACUGGAAUGUCUUUACAGGAAGCCAGACAGAUAUUAAAUGUAAAAGAAGAUGUAGAUUAUGAAAGUCUAGUGAAGAAUUAUAGUCAUUUGUUUGAAGUCAAUGAUAAAAUUAAAGGAGGAUCACUAUAUAUACAAUCAAAGGUUGUGAGAGCAAAAGAAAGAUUAGAUAUGGAAAUGAAAGACAAAGACAAAGAUAUAAACACUGAAACUAAACGAAUAGAAACAGACAAUAAAAAAGAUAGUCAAGAUGGUCCUUCUUGACAAAAAUUAUUUUAGUGUAUAGUGAAUCUACAACAAUAAAGAAAAUGCCUUCCGUUCAGGAAAUUCUUAGAAAAUACCAUCGUUUGUUAUCAUAUAAACAAUUGUUGAUGAAUUUGUUCUUGAGUGAAUGGAAGGAUACAUUGUACAACAAACAUUAUCAUUAAAUCUGUAUGCAUAAGUUUGACAAAUAAAAAGGUACACACGUAGUCGA